CCCGAACGGUCACCGCUCAGUUCGUCGAGGAAAGCUCUAGCGGAUGGAUCGUACGUUAGGACGAACAGGUGGACGAACUGUUCAAUUGUGUCCCACCCAAAAUAUUCCAGGCCAAGUUUGGGCACCGAGAGCAGCAGUACCGCUGGAGCUAGCGAGCUCCACGGAGGGCAGCAUCAAAGACGGUGUGGCCAGUAGGUCAGUGUAAUAAUCUACCGUAACCGUGGAGGCGAGGCAGCUGUGCCCUUAAUUUCUCCCACACGCUCCCUUCACGAGAACAAAUGUGCGCGGGGCGAGCAGGGAGCGCGAGCGAGAGCAAGCAUCGUCGGGCAGGAUACAGUGCAAAACGGAAGGUGUGAAGAGAGCGAAAGAGCGAAAAAGCAAGUGCGUGUGCGGUGCGGUGUGUGGAACCCAGCACAGGCUCGGCCAACAGCUGCAAAGGAAAAAGUGCAAAUCGCAAUGUGCUAGUGUGCCCAAAAGACGUACCGCAACGGUACCUGGUGUGUGUGUGCGUGCGUGCGUGUGUGAACGAGUGCGCGUGUGUGUGUGUGCAGUGCAAAGGAACGGCGGCGGUGGUGUGUAUGUGUGUCUGAGCGUGUCCGUGUGUGCGUGUGUUUGCACGCAGGAGCAAACGAAAGAUGCCUUCUGUCAGCCGCACCGUGCUGCGCGCAAGGGAAGCUCGGCCCGUCCGACGGUCGGCGGUGUGUGUCGUGCGUACCGGUGGCCAGCCUGCCUCGACCGUGCUGCCCGGCGGUGGCCACUGGAAGGUGCGGUGAAAUGGACCACCACCACCACCCCCAGCAGGGCAUCAUCCCGUUUCCAGCGCUGCCGAAGGCACACAAGUCCUGCUUGCAGUUUGCAGCUCUAGGUGCGUUGUGUGAUCGCUGGCUUUAGCUGUGUGCGAAAGCAUUGUGAAUCGAUCGACUCAAAAAACGGACGAUCCAGAGUGUGUAUGUGAACCCGAUCGUGACAUAGAGAGAAAAAAAACAAGAGAGGAAAAGAGAAAGCGAAACUCUGAACCGUGUGCGUGUCCGUGCCGUGAGGAAUACCAGCGAAAGCCUGAAGCCCUGCCAUUUGCAAAACACUAUGUGUGUGUGUGUGUCUGUGCGCGCUGCUACGUGGUUUUGUAUGUGUGUAAGUGUGUGAGAGAAUGAAUUAUUGUGCAGCUGGCACAGGUGUGACAUAGACCACAGCGCCCAGUUUCGGUGAAACUAGCCCGCCCCCCAGCCAGUGCAGGCCAGUGCUCUACCGGGGUUCAGCGGAUAAAAAGCAGCAGCAGCACCCCAAAAAUCUGGGAACAAGCGCGAGGGAGUGAGCAAGAGAGAGAGAGCGAAAGACAGAGAAGAAGAGAGAGAAAGUACGAGAAGGAAAAAACAGCUACGAAGCAACGAGGAAGGUCACACAUUCCCUGGUCCGUUCCCCAUUCUGGGGAAGAGCCGCAGCCGAACCGAAACACGGUCCAGCAAUCUGGCCAGCCACCGGAGUCAACGGUAGAAAUCACGAGACACUAGAAAGAGAUACAAAGUGAGAGGGAGAGAGCGAGCACCAAAAGACACGCUCACACUCCUCCAGCACGGCAUCGAUACGCGCGGAAAUCUGACGACGACGGACGACGGGCGGUGAUCCUGUGCGGAGCCGGGAUACACACCGGGAUACACAGAUAGCGCUGCGCUCUGGUGCUGGAGACUGCGAGAAGCCUGCCAAGCCUGCCCAGCCAGCCGUCAUCAUGUCGCUAACUAUCGAAGUUCCGCAUGCGAAGAGCCCCUCGCUGGGUGUCCUCAUACUGACACUCAACUUGGCUCUGUUCCUGCCUCAAACUAUAAAUAGGACGCCACCGUAUGUGCUAGCGGGGACCGGAGGUGGUAGCAUGCUCGGUGACGUCAAUAUAUCAGCCAUUCUAGAUUCGUUCAGCGUUGGUUAUGAUAAAAGAGUAAGACCGAACUAUGGAGGACCGCCGGUUGAAGUAGGAGUCACCAUGUAUGUGCUGUCUAUCAGUUCGCUGUCUGAAGUUAAAAUGGAUUUCACAUUGGAUUUUUACUUCCGACAAUUUUGGACUGAUCCCCGUUUAGCUUACAGAAAAAGGCCGGGUGUUGAAACGUUAUCAGUUGGAUCUGAGUUCAUAAAGAAUAUUUGGGUACCCGACACGUUUUUUGUAAACGAGAAACAAUCAUACUUUCACAUAGCGACAACUAGUAAUGAAUUUAUAAGAAUACAUCAUUCUGGAUCAAUAACUAGAAGUAUUCGAUUAACAAUCACAGCAUCAUGUCCAAUGAAUUUACAAUAUUUUCCAAUGGAUAGACAAUUAUGUCAUAUAGAGAUAGAAAGCUUCGGCUACACGAUGCGAGAUAUCCGAUACAAAUGGAAUGAGGGCCCCAACUCGGUCGGAGUCUCGAGCGAAGUAUCUUUGCCUCAGUUUAAGGUUUUGGGACACCGUCAACGUGCUAUGGAAAUCAGUCUCACAACAGGAAAUUAUUCACGUUUAGCAUGUGAAAUACAGUUUGUACGUUCGAUGGGUUAUUAUCUCAUUCAAAUCUAUAUACCAUCCGGAUUAAUUGUAAUCAUAUCGUGGGUAUCAUUUUGGCUAAAUAGAAAUGCUACACCAGCACGUGUUUCAUUAGGUGUAACUACUGUCUUGACAAUGACAACACUGAUGUCGUCAACGAAUGCUGCCUUACCGAAAAUAUCUUAUGUAAAAUCGAUUGACGUAUAUUUAGGCACAUGCUUCGUCAUGGUAUUUGCCAGUCUGCUGGAGUACGCCUCGGUCGGUUACAUGGCUAAGCGGAUACAGAUGCGCAAGCAGCGCUUCAUGGCAAUACAGAAAAUAGCGGAACAGAAGAAGCAGCAGCAGGCAGACGCGAACCAUCCGCCGCCGCCGCCCCCGGUCGCGAGCGACCACAGCCACGGUCACGGUCACGGGCACAGCCACACGCACCAGCACACGCCGAAGCAGCAGAUGGGCAGCCGGAGCGGCACGAUGCAGAACGUGCCGCCGAACAUGGGUUCGCGCGGCUGCUCCAUCGUCGGGCCGCUGUUCCAGGAGGUCCGGUUCAAGGUGCACGACCCGAAGGCCCACUCGAAGGGCGGCACGCUCGAGAACACGAUCAACGGCGGUCGGGGCGGUGGGCAGCCGGGCGGCGGCGGCCCACCACCGGGCGGACCGCCCGGCGGUGGCGGUGGCGGCCCGGACGAGGAAUCGGCAGCACCCCAGCAUCUGAUACACCCCGGCAAGGAUAUCAACAAGCUGCUCGGCAUCACACCGUCAGAUAUCGACAAGUACUCGCGCAUCGUGUUUCCGGUGUGCUUCGUCUGCUUCAAUCUGAUGUACUGGAUCAUCUACCUGCACGUCAGCGACGUCGUGGCCGACGAUCUGGUGCUGCUGGGCGAGGAGAAGUAAAUCCGAUCCGUGAUACGGCGGCAGCCUGCGCCGAAACAAAACAAAAAAAAGAAACCCCUUCCAGAGACCAGACAGCCCCCGAGCGCCCGCGACGGAAGCGAUCCUAGCCGGCAGCGAAGCCGGCAGCCAAGACACUGCUCUCAAACCCCCAUCACGAUGGUCGAAGCGAAUUCCGCGGGGCGAAUGCAGUACGAGCAGCGUAAGCGCCACCAAUGAUAGGUUUAGGCAGAAUCGCGCUACAACACCCCCUUCCCAUUUCCCCCAGAUCAGUCAGUCAGACAGAUGAAGACGAGAGGUAGAGAAAGAGAGAGAGAGAGAGAAAAUUAACAAAAAUAGUCAACACAGUUCAUUCGAUUUCAACUCAUUCCCCCCCACUCGAAACAUGGUUCCUCGGUCCCUGUUUGACAUCCUUCCGCCGAAUCCCUGUCAUCGCGAAUCCUGUUCAAAGGACUUCAUCUCCAUUUACCCCCAAUCCCUACUUUCACCCUCUCCCCGCCCCCCCUCAUCCAAUUUGUACCUAUAUUUACGGCUUUGGUUCGAUUUUUAUACUUAUACACCAAGAAAGAUGACGAAAAGCAGUAGCCGAGAAAAACAAAAAACAACUUAACAUUAACAAAGCAACAAAAAAAAACGACAUUUCACGUAGUCAAACAACACAGUGCAGUGCCAGCGAUGAAUUGACAGCUAAGGGGGAGAAAACAAAAACUUGCACGAAAACACGCACACACAGACGAAACAUAAAAACAACAAGCGGUAAGCUGGGCAGGACGUGAUAGGAUUUGAUAUAUAUACAUUGCAAACAUGUAUGUAUAUGUAUAUAUAUGUAUGUGCGUAUGUAUGCAAAAUGCAAAGAAUUCUCCUGAGGGGUAGUAUCGAGGAAGAAGGAAGAGUGUAUCAAAGCCCCCCAAAAAAAGAGGACGUCAAACCUGGGUGUGGAUGAAACCGAAACCCAGACACACAAGCCCAUAGACAACCACACACGCGUAUAUAUAUAGAUAUAUAAUAGGCGAGGAUCGUGCUGCCAGCUCGAAAGUAUUAACUUAGAUGGACAGAGGACAGAGCACAGAGGCAGAAGUAGCAAAAAAAAAGGAAGAGAUGGCAAAACAAAACCGGCAAAAGCAACAUCCCCCAAACCCUAGAUUUUAUUGUUCAACUAGCGCGAUACUACCACGCUCGUCCACAAUUUGAAUGGCUAAACGAAAAUACCACACCGUAAACUAGAAGCAAAAGAAGAAGAGCAACAACAACCUUAUCUUAAUCGAUAAACAAAAUAAAAAUCCCCGUUGAGAGACUCACAUGCCACCACCACCACCACCACAGGCGCGAAACUGCUUCAAACUGCUUCACUACACUCAGUUUAGGGAAGUUUAGGGUAAUGCAAAACAGCGCACUCCAUACACCAAUUUGCAAAACCAAAACACACUUACAGACACGUACAGGAAGCCUGACCCUUGCCCUUGAAGCUUUCGGUGAAGCAUGGCUGAAAGCAUUGCUCGAUAGUAAUAUUAGUAGCAGAUAAGCUGUCUGUCGCGUCUAUUGAGCCUAUCGGCGGUUUAGCGUAUCGAGCACCUCAUGCCGGUCUUUUUCGACCUCGGAUAUGAAAUGCUGAUCAAGCAUUCUGGUUGAGGUAACCCCAAUAGCACCCAAGCAUUUCUUCACGCACAUACACACACACUCACACACACUCUCUUCUCGACUCGACUGGACUCGACUCGAUCGUUCGAUCCGUUUUUUACAUCCUCAGCACCAACAACCUACCAGCCCCUGUUUAUAUACAGCCCUGGUCCUUUUCUAGUUGUACUUGCACGCAACACACACACACACAACAAAACCUCUGCCCCCUUUAGUACAUACAAGCCUAGUACAUCAAUUGCCCUGUGAAGGCCCUUUUAGAGCACGUGUUCUGGUGCUCUCGUGCUCCACAGUGUGCGCGCUCUGCACGUUUUUAACACAAAGCCAUGCACACGCACAUACACGCAGAGAAACUUAUCACUACUUGUUACAACCCCUUAUUACUACUAGUACUACCAAUUACUAACUACUAACUCUAUCAUUGCUACUACAAGGGCAAGAAAGAAAGAAAGAAAGAAGCUGAAAAUCCCGUAUCUAUUACAACUUCUGAUCGAUCGAUCGAUGUUACACCACCACCAUCAUUCAUUCCAUGUACAUUUUUGUUGAAAGUGUGGUUUCAUAGUUUGUGUGUUUUUUUGUGUUGAUCCCUCCAGUUUAGGGAUCUGCCACUGAUCUGCUGGCAGCAGAAAUCCGCACAAUGCAUCUCUCCUUGCCACGUCUUUAUUUUCACACACACACAGCCACCCACAGUUAGAUUGUUAGUCGAAUUAAGCGCGUGUUAAGCGUGUCCGUGCGUGUGUGUGUGUGUUCAAUGGUUCAACCGAGUCUAAUGCUCAAAGCACAGCACGCACCCACUGGUUUGAACCACGUCCCCAACCACGAGGGAUCGAGAAAUGCUUCCAGGACGUAUCUUAAUCGAGGAUGGACGGAAUGAAUUGCAACUGAACAAAAAGCCGAUGCACUAUCCCAUCCCGAUUUUGCCAAAAACAAUCCCCUCACCAACCAGAGCAAGGCCAGCUUUCCUAUGUUUAGCUUUCGGCCCGUGGUUCGUUUUUUUUUUUUUUGUUUUCAGUACCAGAAGAAGGAUAUGCUAAGAGUAGGCGACGAACGCCCUAGUAGCGAACAUGCAUUAGAAUUCGAAUUAGGUUACUCUGCUCCGUUCAUUUCACCCUUCCUCUUCCACCCGCAUGUGUGGCAAUGUGUGGCAAUGUGGAGCCACCAAAUCCUCACCCCCAGCUAGUAGGUAUGCGUGUGUGUGUGUGUGUGUGUGGGUUCGGUUUAGGAUAAGUUGUUUCUAGUAGCGAAAAGGAAGCUCUAAACUAAGCGUCAAUAGCGAAAGGUAUUACAACCAACAAAAAAUAAAUCGAUUCACCACCACAUAAAGCUGCGUUGCACCCUUCUCACACCUGUUCACGUAUAUACACACACACACACAUAUAGACCCCCAUCCUCUCUAUCUCUCUCUUUCGUGCAUAACCUAUAAGAGGACAAGAAAAAAAACACUCACACAUACACACACAGAGAACACAAGCAAGCAAGCAAGCCAGAGAAAGUAGUUCAAAUGAAAACGCAAAAAAAGAGCAACUCUAUCAUAACGUGGUUAUAAGAGCAAAACAAACAAACAAAAAAAGCGAGUCAAAACAAAAAAUCGUGAUUACAAAAGUUGUUGUUUCCGAAAUUUUAUAGUUAUUCUAUCUCCUAUAGGGGUUUGUUAGAGCGAAGCACGAUACAGAGAGAGAGAGAGAGAGAGCAAAAAGGAAAAGAAGCAAACAAGAAGAAACAGAAGGCGAAGAGCAAGCAACAGAUGGGAAAGUAGAAGUAAAAACAAAACAAAAACGGUAAGAACAUAAGAGAAACAAAAGAAGCAAAACAAGAGAGAGAGAGAGAGAGAGAGAGAGAGAGAGAAAACGAGAAGAGAAGAAAAAGCGAGAGGAGGAAAUAUGCAUGAGGAGGAAAAGAAAACUCUAAUUAAACUAAUUAAAUACAUACGUAGACAUUGACUAUUCGGCACCCGAUACCAAUUCACUUAACCCCGUUAAAGAGAAAAAGAAAAACACAACACACUCACACACACACGAGCGCGCGCGAUAGUUUCGAAGGUUUUUGGCUGCGAAAACGAAAACCACUAACACAGUGACACAAUACUCCACAUAACACACUCACAAACACAUAACAUACAAAAAAAACACACACAGAAAAGAAAGUAAACCUUCCACACGAACGACACCAGAGUGUACUAGUGUACUUGUACUAUCACUACUACUACCACUACUACUACUACCACUACUAUUACUACUACUACUACUACCACUACUACUAUUACUUGCUUCGGUUGUUUCGGCCUUCAAGAGUUGGGGGGUGUUUUGCGAAAAGUGAAUUCGCAUGCCCGCGCGCCAUUAUACUUCAUUACUUGCUCUUGAAAAAUUGCGUAGAUGAUAAAACCAACAAGCAAACAACCCAAAUACACAGUACACAACAACUCACACACACACACACACACAACAACAAAAAAUACACGCUGAAACAACCACACAACCACAACAAAAACCCCGUGAAAAGAGGAAACCGCGCAAGCAAAACAAACAAACAAAAAGUACACAUUUAUACACACAUUAGUAAGAGAAACUCGUUGUAACCAAACGUAAUUGCAAACGUAACACAAACAAAGCAAAGCAAAAAAACGGUAAAGAAAAUGCAAACCGUUAACUGCAGAAACAAAAAAAAACAAAACCAAACCAAACUGUCAGAUUGAUUGGAAAAAAAGGAAAAUAGAUUGUUUUUUUCAUACUAAA